AUGUUUUCAACUAUUUUUUGCUAUCUUGAGUACUUUUCCCAUUCUGAAUAUAAACUAAAAUUGAGGAAAAUUCCCUAUCUAUUUACCAGAUCUACUAACAUUAUGUUAGAUAUCAUUUUAGGUGAAGAGAAUACAUUUCCUAUUAAUUUCAAUACAAAAAAGACAUUGAGUACCUCAAGGGAGCCAGGUAGAAUUAGUUAA